GAGGACCAUGGACUACUAGAGACUUUGCACUAGAUAGAUAAACUUGUUGGCAGAUGACAAAGUCACAGUUUUCUUUUCAGUUUGUCCGGAGUAAGCCGAGUCAGCAAACUGCUGUUCCUUCGAGAUUUGUCCCCCUACCAGCGGACUUUCAAUAGGUCAUCUCCGCCACAUGCACGUUCCGCGGGAUGCAUACACGGAGUGAAGUGACAAUCGACUAAUCAUGGACUAUCACUAAAUUUAUAUUUGGAUGAGGGACUUUCAUAGAUAUGCAUUCUGCAGGGAGUCAUGUCAGGGGAUCAUCUUUUCUUUUCUUUACUUGUUCGUCAUAGACUAUAGACACGCCGCACCUCUCUAUCCGUUACUAGGUGCCUGACUUCUUAUUCCUGUGCCACGUAACUUCUCAAGUCUUGUGAGUUGUAUGACAUUUUAAUAGCAGCAAAAUCCAAGGUGUCUUGAUCCGUCGCACCAGUCCGUCUGCAAGAUCAAUACCACGCAAAGAUGAGCACCGUAGGUUCCAGGAAACGCGUUGCCAUUAUUGGUGGAGGGAUCUCUGGCAUUGCAUGUGCUUGGAGACUGCGGAAUGAGGACUUCGAUGUGGAUAUCUACGAAGCUGAGGAGCGACUUGGAGGUCAUGCCAAUUCUGUUCCCUUUGUAGGAAACGGGAUCACCGUCGGGGUAGACACAGGAUACAUGGUUAUGAGCACAGAGACAUAUCCUCGUUUCCAUCGCUUCCUAAAGGAGCUGAACUUGGAAACCGUGCCAGCGGACAUGUCCUUUGGAGUAUCAGCGUACAGUGGCGAGUUCGAAUGGGGAAGCUACUCUUUCUGGAGCUUUGUCGGACAUCUUUCUUAUCUACUAAAGCCCUGGUUCUGGAGGCUCUUGUUUGACAUUAUUCGCUUCUGCUACUUUGCCAAGGACACGCUUGUGGAUUCGACGGUGGAGGGAAAAGGUCAACAUGAUGAAGCAAUUGCAGAUUAUCUGCACAGACACGGCUACUCGGAGCAGUUCUUGGAACUGUUUCUCAUACCCAUGGUCGCGGCAGUGUGGUCGACUGAUCUGGAAGAAUUCAAGAGAAGCUUUCCGGCAAAGACCUUGAUACGCUUCAUGUUUCAAAAUCGUCUUUUAGACACGGUGACCACAUCGUUACAGUGGCGUGCAUUCCCAAACGGCUCCCAGACAUAUGUCCGUUCGUUUAUGGACCGCCUUCCCCCAAAUCAUCACAUCCACGCCGGCCAGCCCAUUCAUCGUGUCUCUCGGACCAAUGAUGGCGCUAUCGUCACUCUUGCAAACGGAGUUCAACGACAAUAUGAGCAUGUCGUCCUCGCAACCCACGCCAACCAAGCUCUGACACUUAUGGGCACCGACGCCACCGCCGAAGAACGAGAAGUCCUCGGCUGCUUCAAGACGAGCCGAAACGUCUGCUACGUCCAUUCCGAUGAAACCGUAAGUCUAUCUAUCACACACCAACCAUGUCCCCAUCUAACAAAAACACAGUUCCUUGCCAAGCGUCCCUCCGCCCGCACAGCUUGGACAUGCCUCCUCUCCGACCCGUCCCCUCCCCCCAUGUCCCACCCUUCCCAACUCGCCGAGUCCAAGCCUCUCCUCCUCGACGAGCCCAAACCCUUCGACUCCUCUAUCGCCCUCACCUUCGACAUGAACAAGGUCCAACGCAUUCCCAUGCCCGGCCAGCUCGGCAGUCCUGGCCGCGUGCUCGUCAGCAUGAACCCGCCCCGCAUCCCGGCCUUCACGCAGAGCAGCCAGGUAUAUUACCACCCUUUACUCACGGCGGAGAGUCUCUCAGCGGUGGACAGGCUGUGUGAGAUUAAUGGCCGGUCGUCGGUGAGCUUUGCGGGCGCGUGGAUUGGACUGGGGUUUCAUGAGGAUGGGUUCGCAAGUGGGGCACAUGCGGCUGAGAUGAUUGUCAGGGGCCGGGAGAAUGUGGGUAGGUUCGAGCCGUUACGGAGGGAUGAGAGGGUGCCUGAGCGGUACUCGUUUGCAGAUCGGGUUGUAAGGGGCUGUGUGUCUGCGGUGCAGCGGUUGUUGUAGAUUCCUUUUUGAUGACAUGUGUAUUGUGGGACAGGGAGCGAUAAUGUGAGUUUAUGUAUAUGUAUAUAUCCCUUGAAGUCUACUGUUUUAUGUUCAUAGCCCUGCGCUUGAAAGUUGAGAAUUGUGUGGCCUCGCAUACUCAUAUUUCGGUUUGAGCAGGUUGGUGCUCUGAAAGGGCUUAGGGUUUAUGGACUUGAAAGGGUCUUUGAAAGUCUACGUCGUGUUCUUCAACUCAGGCCGUAUAGC